AUGGCUGCGCCACAUGGCAGUCUUGAGUAUCGGGUGGGAAUCCUAUAUUUUUUGCGUUAUGCAUUUGGUGAUGCGGCUCCAGAUGUCACGAGACCAUGUCCUUGUUGCAAAUGCAUAAAUUCAUUGAGUCAUGAUCGUGAGACAGUACACGAACAUCUGAUGAUAAAUGGUAUUUUACAAGAUUAUCGCAUCUGGAAUUUUCAUGGAGAAAAACUAAUUGUACAAGAUUAUGAUAACAAAGAACUUCAUUAUUCAGUGCAACAAGUUUCUGAAGUAACUAGCCAUGAACCGAUGGUACAAGAAAUGCUGCAUGAUGCAUUUGGAAUUUAUGAAGGAUCUACAAGUAAUGAAAAUUACAUUGGAGCAUCAACGAGUCAUACACCGAUGGAGUCUAAUGUUAAAGAUUUCUAUCGACUAAUUGAGGAAGGGAAACAACAGCUAUAUACCGGAUGCACAGAGUUUUCUAAACUGUCGUUCCUUGUUGAGUUAUUUCAACUGAAAGUGAAUGGAAAAUGGAGUGAUAAGUCAUUUACAGCAUUGUUGGACUUCCUUCGUCGAGUACUUCCAUCUGAAGCUCAAGUGCCUAAGACAUUUUAUGAAGCAAAGAAAUUAAUUUCUAGUUUAGGACUUCAUUAUGAAAAAAUACAUGCUUGUCCAAAUGAUUGCAUGAUUUAUUGGGGGGAAAAUGAGAAUGAACAGGCUUGCAAAGUGUGUAACCUUCCAAGAUGGAAAAAUUUGCAGAAAUCAUCAAGGAGAUCGUAUAAAGGUGGAAAAAACGUCUUGAAGUUAAAAUUCCAGCCAAAGUCUUUUGAUGGAAAUCUAAGGCAUCCAGCUGAUUCUCGAGCAUGGAAGGAAUUUGAUGAACGUCAUUAUGAAUUUGCGUCUGAUCCUAGAAGCGUACGCUUGGGACUCGCCGCUGAUGGGUUUAAUCCAUUUAAAAAUCAAAGCACUUCACAUAGUACUUGGCCUAUUGUCCUGAUGCCUUACAAUUUGCCACCUUGGGAAUGCAUGAAGCCUUAUUCUAUUAUUUUAUCCACCCUUAUUCCUGGUCCAAAAGCACCUGGCAAUGAUAUCGAUAUAUAUUUGCGCCCCCUAUUGACUGAAUUGAAAGAUUUAUGGGAAAAUGGAAUUGCCACAUUUGAUGCUUGUGAAAAAAAAAUGUUUCAAAUGCGGGCUGCAUUACUUUGGACAGUUAGUGAUUUUCCUGGUUUGGGUUGUUUGUCUGGAUGGAAUACAUAUGCCAAGAAUGCAUGUCCAACUUGUGCUGAUAAUACAGAUGCAGUGUACCUAAAACAUGGCAAAAAGUGGUCAUUCAGAGGGCAUCGUCGUUUUCUACCACCAGAUUCAGAAAUGCGAACAAUGCCAAGUUAUGGCAAACCAGAGUUACGUGAGUUAGAUUUGGCACCAUUGUCUGGAUCUGACGUUCGACGAAUGACCUUAAACAAGAAUGUGAUUUUUGAUGAUUCCAACAAGAGCAAAGAUAAUUAUGCAAUGCGUAGAGACUUAAAGAAUUUGGAUAUUCGUGUUCCUGAUGGUAUGUCAUCUGAUAUCUCAAAGUGUGUGGAUGUUGGACGUUGUAGGAUUAUGGGCUUGAAAAGCCAUGAUUGUCAUAUUAUGAUGGAACAAUUCCUUCCAAUUGCUCUUCGUCGCCUGCUGUCGAAAAAGGUUGAUCGAGCAAAUGAACGAAUCGAUGACUUAGAUCUUCAGGUGCUUUCGCGUGGUCCAAAUCCAGUAGCAUUUAAUUAUCAUGGGUUCAACAUAAAUGGUUUUGCAUUUCGCACGGUGGAAUCUGAAACAAACAAAAAGGUCCAGAAUAGUGGGGUUAUGGUGCAGGCGAUGCAUGAUAAUGAUGAUCAUGAGUCAAUCUAUUAUGGUCGACUAACUGAUGUCAUCUCACUUGAUUAUGGAGAAUGUGAGGAACAUGAACCUUUUAUUUUGGCUACGCAAGCUCAAAUGGUUUAUUAUGUUCGUGAUCCAAAGGAGGAGGAUUGGUACUGCGCCAUUCGUCACACACCAAGAGAUACGUAUAACAUGGGCAAUGAAGAUGAUAUGGAUACGAUGCAUUUUAUUCAUAAUAAUUUUUCUAAUAUGGAAUCAAUAUUAGGUGAUGUAAAUAGAGUAGAUGUUGAAUUAAUUAGAACUGAUGUAGAGGGCUCAAUAGUUGAUGUUCUUCCAGUUGUGAACAAUGAAACAGAUGAUAAAAGCUUUAGUUGA